AUGGAGCUGUUCAAAUCUCCAAUUUGUUCAACUUCUUCAAAUAUGAUGACUGAAGAAGAAUUCGAACCAUAUGUAAGAAGAAAAAGAGCAGAAGGAGCUAAUCGAAAGAAAAUGCAAGGAUUGAAUGAACAGGUUAGUUUUCCAAAUACAAUUUCCUAUUUACAGUUUUUCUGAAUAUUCAUGAUAACAGGAACAAAAUCUUUUACGAAACUCAAUAAAUAGUCGAGAACGUCGUCGAAUGCACGAAUUGAAUGAGGAAUUCGAAACAUUACGAGAAUGUUUACCGUAUUCAAACGAUGCAAAUUCGAGAAGAAUGAGCAAAGCUAAUACAUUAUUAUUAGCUUCAAAUUGGUGAGUUGAAAUUACGGUAUAGAGAAAAUGCAAAAAUAAUUUUGAAUUACAGGAUUAAACAACUUCAAAAUGCGAAUCAUUUGUUGCAGGCUGAAUUGACCGCAGCUAGAGCUCAAGUAGGUGAAAUAAUGUUGUUUUUUUUGUAAAUUUAAAGUUUGGAUCCGUUAGCACAUUUUCCAUCUAUCGAAUUUGUUGUUGAAAAAUUUGAGGCUUAGAGAUUUGAAGUAGUAAUUUACACACUGUGCUAUCGAAAUUAUACCCGUCAAAAUAUUUAGUUCUAGUUAUUUAAAUUCUGCGAACCAGCUAGCCUAUAUAAAAUUUGAAAUCCAUUUUCUAAAUAUUUUUUUGGGAACAGGAGAAAAAUUACUCUAAUAAUCAGAGUUUUGAAAAAAUUUCCCUGAUCGAAUUUGCAAAACACUUACCCUAUUGAAAUUAUAUAGAAUAUCCAUAAAUAUCUUCUGCCAAAACUAUCCGAAAUUCGUCUUCCUUCAAAAUGUUUCGAAUUCAACAUUUUUUCAGCUAACUUCUUUGAUGAAACUCAAAAUCGAUGAACCACCAAAAACUUCUUCAAAAUGCUCAAAAUGUCAACAAAAUGUUUGUUUUUCUGUUUCAUGUAUCACAUCCUCAUCUCCUUCUCCAUCUUCAUCCAAUUCUUCAUAAAAAAUAAACACACUGCGGGACCACUAUUUUCUUUUUCUUCUCUUUUCUUUUGUAUAAAUUUGCAUCUGUCUGUCUAUAUUCAAUCUGAAUACACUAAAUCAUUUUUAUGUUAUUAUUAAUAAUGUGUUUUUAUAAUUUAAUGAAUAAAUGAAUAAUUGGAUAAGUUUUUGUGAGCGAAAACAUUGAAGAAAAAGGAUAAAAGAUUACUGUAGAAUUGUUUGAAUUGCCAAAAUGGGGUGUCACAAAUUAGAAUUUGUUAACGACUUUAAAUGUUAACGACAUACCGCCUUUCAAUGGUUUCCAACUGAGAAUGUGAUUACUGUAGAACACAUAAAACUAAUGAAAAAUUACAAUAAUCCGGUUUGAUUGUAUACUUUGUAAGAUAGAAUAAUUUCAGGAAAUGUUGUGAUAAAAUACUUUUAUAUAGUUACUGUAACACUUGUUAUUCUAACUUUAUUUGUUCGUUUACGAAAAUACAUCUGUCCGAUUUUAUCUGAUAAAACUUGAACAAUUAAAAAACCACUUUAUUUCCUAAAAAUUGGUAUCUGCUCAAUAAAUAUGACACCUUUUAACUAAUCGUUUAGUAUACUUCAAUACAAUUAUUCUACCAGAUCACCUUAUUUUUUCUCACCUGUUUCCUAUCUCAUCUACAACUACAGUAUCCUUUAACCACCUGCUGACUUUUUCACUCGUGUUAAUCUAAUUUGGCUUAUGUCGCCUGUCGACAAUACUUUUAGAACUUGCGCAAUAUAUUCAUAAGCCAAAAUUGCGCGAGGUAGUUAUUAGAAGGAUUAACUAAGGAUUUGAGUUGUGAAAGUAGAAACAUGUGUUAUUUUUCCGGUGUGAAAUAAUAUCUGAUGUAUUUACAGAAAAGACGAAUUCCACUUGAUAUUGGAGAAACAACAAUUAUCAAAUUAUUUCAAAAAUUGAAAAAUUUGAAUAUAUUCGAAAUGAGAGAAAUGGUUCGAACUCAUGAAGAAUUAGAAUUUAUCAGAGAUUUAAUUAAUUGGGUGAGAAUUUUAUUUUUUGGAGAAAAAUCAAUUCAAAAAUCAUGAAUUUCAGAAAAAGAACAAAAGCCUACCAAAACUACUUUAUAAAUUAACAAAUCCAAUUCUUCAACCAACACCAAUUCAAGAAAAACUCGAAAAUUUUGCAAACAAUUUGCUAUCUUCUAACAAAAUGUAUACUCGAAAAACCUUGGAUUAUCCUAACAAAAACAUAAAAAAUAUUCGUGAUACUAUUGUGAAACGAAAAGAUUGUGAAAGGUAUAUUCGAAGAUUUUUGAAUUCACUCAAGUUCGAUGAUUUGGUUGGUGAGAAUAAUCGAGAAGUUUUGGUAAAAUGGGUCACGGAUAUUUUUUUCGGUGUGAAAGUUGGGACUUUUCCAGAUAUUGAUUUCAAAACAGGUUAGUUUAUUUAAAACUAUUAUUUCGGAAUCGAGAAUGAGACAUUCCAGCGCCAAUAGCUCGAUGUUUCAAAUCAAAACAAGUUUGUUCUCAAAUUUCCCAUCAAGGAGAUAAACGAGCUCUUCAAAUAUUUACAGUGAAAAAUCUAAUGUCGGUGGCUGGAUUUGUUGUGAUUUACAAACUAACGUUAGUUUAUUUUUAAAGAGGGAUAGCGGGAAUAAACAGGUUGAUCUUAUGUUAAAUGAAGUUGAACUUCUGGAAUCGCAAAAAAAUUCGAGUUUCAAACUUAAUUUCAAAAUUUCAGAAAAACCUUCCGUUAUAUUCAACAUGAAAAAGAGAUGACAAACUGCUGGAAAAUCGGAAUACAAAAAUUUUUGACAAAAGAAAAACAAAAUUUCAAAAGAAUGUAUGGAUUGAAACUAAUUCCAGCCGAAGCAAAAGUCUCAAAAAUACCAAGAAUUAAAAUGAAAAUCAGCAAAGUAUCACUUCGCCCAAUUUAUUAUGCUCCAAAACGAAAUAAUUGGAAUAUUUCACAUUUUCAUCAAGAAGUUAAUGCUGUUCUCAACCAUAUUUGUGAAAAACAAGGAGUUCAAUUUGAACGUAAGAAAAUUUCCGAAAUUGUUUUUUGAUAAAAUUCAGAAUUUUCAGCAAUUCGCGCAACUUUUACUGGACUCCGUCAAUUUCUUGUUCGAAAAAUGAAACAAUUUGUGGAUCUCAGAAAAAUGAAACUACAAUCGGCUGAUAUUUCGAAAUGUUAUUCUAGAAUUGAUCAUAGAAAAAUGAUGGAAAUUAUAGAAAAAUGGACACCGAAUGGGUUCGGAAUAUUGAAUUACCUAGAAAGAUUUGAAUCAGAAAAUUUACAGAUUGAUUUUUGUUCAAAUCGGAUGGGCUGAAAUUACAAAGUCAGCAAUUGUUAAUCGAAAAUUCAAAACAAAGAUCAGAAUUUGUGCAGCGGGUUCUACAGAAUUGGAAGCGAAACAAUUAUUAUUAUGGAAAGCAGAGAAAAGAGAAGCGAAAAUUUGUGAAAUCAAAGAAUUCAAAGCAUUUUCGAGAAAUGAAAUCAUAAAUACUUUUCGAACUAUUUUGAAUGGAUUUGGUGUUCGAAUUGCAAAUGGAAAUUAUCAAAUUACAAAAGGAGUUCCUCAAGGACAUACCUUAUCUCCAAAUUUGGCAAAUGUGAGUUGAUAGAAAAUAUUAAGAAGCGCUUCUUUGAAAAUCUUAAAAUUCAGAAAUGAUCAUUUUUUCGAACAAAACAAUAAUUUUAAAAAUAAGGUCACGUGUGGAAAAUUUUUUAAAGCUUAAUUUCAUUACUAAUUGUAAAAUUAAAAUCUAGUGAGAAAAUUACCAAAAAAAAACAACGUAAUUUCAGAUGUAUCUGGCUGAUUUUGAAAGAAAAUAUUGGACAGAAAUUAUUAGAGAAGAUGAAGUUUUUGUUGGAAGAUAUUUCGAUGAUUUCCUGAUGUGUGCAACAAAUCAGCAUAAACUUGAUUUUCUUAUGAAUUCAAUCACAAAACCAAAUGAAUAUGGUAUAAUUGCGAAAAAAACCAAAAGUAAAACAAGUAAACGAGGAAGUUCAAUUAUUUGGUGUGGAAAAAAUAUCGAGUUCUAUAAAUUGGCGUCUUUAACUGGAUUAGCUUUUGAUCAAUCAACAUUCGUAUAA